AUGAGCAUGGAUAUAUUCGCCGAAAUUCUUCGGAUAAUUUGUUUUGAUAAGAAAAAUAAAAGAAGCCAACGAUUCCAAACAGAUAAAUUUGGAUUAGUUUCAGAGGUGUGGAAUAAAUUCUUUGAACAUAGCCAAAUGUGUUAUAAAUCAGGAGCUGCCAUUACUGUUGAUGAACAAUUAUUCCCGACCAAAGCCAGAUGUAGAUUUACGCAGAAUGUGCCAAACAAGCCGAAUAAGUUUGGUAUGAAAUUCUGGUUGGCGUCGGAUGUAAAAAGUAAAUAUGUUGUAAAUGCAUUUCCUUACUUAGGAAAAGACGAAGUGAGAUUAUCAGUACCUGUGGGUGAAUUUGUCAUCCUAAAACUUAUGGAACCAUAUAUGGGUCGCGGGAGAACAGUAACAACAGAUAAUUUCUUUACAAGUUUGUCAUUAGCAACACAACUGGUAACUAAAAGAACUUCUUUAGUUGGCACCGUUAGACAAAAUAAGAGAGAAUUACCUAAUCUUGCAAAAUCAAAACAGGAUAAGAUGCCUCGCUUCUCGACAAUUCUUUAUCAAACAGAAAAUUGUACUGUUACUAUAUACAAAAGUAAACCAAAUAAAAAAUUAUUGUUACUGAGUUCGAAACAUAAGUCUGUUAAAAUUGAAGAAGAUGGUAAACUUUUGCCUGAAACUAUGGUAUUUUAUAACAAUACCAAAUUUAGCAUAGAUAUGACAGAUCAAAUGACCCGAAAAUAUACCGUGAAAGCUGGAUCCCGAAGAUGGUCAUUACGAGUAUUUUAUAAUGUCUUAGAUCUUGCUGGAAUAAAUGCCUGGAUAUUAUACAAAGAAAUAACACGAGAAAAUAUUUCAAGAAAAGACUUCUUAUUCCAGUUAACCGAAGAACUUGCAGUGUAUCAUUUUUGA